UAAAAGUCUUCACGCCAACAGACUUUCUAUUUUAACCUAGUCUUACUUGUUUGCCAGCUAAAUGAACCCCGCUGUUGUCGCAAUGAAACAUAUUUUCAAGUCUUGACGAAUAUAUUUUGGUUUCUCAUAUGAGGAAAGCAAUGAGAACUCGGUCAAGUUCUCCUCCAAUUCAUGUGCACAUCGACAAUGCCACACCGGUCCAUGUGCAUGUGAAGAGCCAGAGGACGAGUCCUGCCAGGAUAUCUCAGGGGAAGGCCAAGGUCGACAGAGCAAACCUCCAUCCGACAGCCAAGGUCAAAACUCGGGUGCCAUGGAUACCACCAGGAAAGGCCUCUGUACGGGACGCUUCAUUCAAAUGGGAGGGGCCAACAUGCUGCCUUGAGAUCACACAAACGCCCCCUGAACCAGGACCUGAACAUUCCCAGUCUGUGCUGCGAUUAGCUGACCUCACAUCAGAAGAAGAAGAAGGGCUACAUGGACGAAUCAGCCAGUAUGAGAGGAAGGUUGACAGUUUACUGACUGAAGUCAACUCUCUGAAGAACGAGGUGGAACUGCGGAAGAAGGAGCAGCUGCUGGAGCGUCAGUCGGAGCAACUGAGUGUUUCCCAGCGGGUGAUCGUCGAGCAGGAGGAAGAGCUGGCUGAGGUCAGCAAGGAGCUAGAAGAGACGGAGCAGGAGAACACACGCUUACGCCAAUCCAUGGAGAAGAUGCUGGGGGAGACCGACCACAGCAGUAUGCAGCAAGACAAAGGUGCUCUGCGCAGGAAACUGGUGGAGGCUGAUGUGGAUGUGACAGCAGCUGCCAAGCAAGUCUCAGCCCUGCGAGAAUCUGUUUCCAAACUUUGCGGUGCUGUUGGCAGUAGGCUGUCUGGAUCUGACUCUUCAGUCUUGGCCUGUCAGAAGGAGCUGUUGCUACAGAAACUGGAGACAUUUGAGACCACAAACCGAACUCUGCGGCACCUUCUCAGAGAGCAGCACAGUUCCCAGAUGGAGUCAAUCCAAGUGUCGGAGCAAAAGGAUGCCUUACUCCAGAGACUGGCAGACAAAGAGGCAGAAAAUGCUCAUCUUGUGGUGAAACUUCAAGAGAAGGACAGAGAGGUUAAUCAACUUUCCAAACGCAUAGAUACUGAAAAGGACAAUGCAAAGAGCACAGCUGAUUUGUCCAAGAGAUUGGAGUCAACCAGAGCUCAUUUACAAGGACAGCUGCGGAACAAAGAAGCCGAGAACAACCGGCUUACUGUGCAAAUAAAGAACCUGGAGCGUGCAGCCAACCAGCAGAAGGCAGAGAUGGAGCUUCUGAAACAGCAGUUGGUGAGGCUGAGGCAGCAGGCCAGUGCCGACCGAGAGGCUCUGAAACGAGCCACGGGAGACCAGAAACGGCGAACUGAGCGCAGCAGGGACACUGCAGGCCAGUUGAGCGUCCAGCUACUGGACAUGGAGAAGCAGGUUGCCGAUGCGCUGACAGCAGCUGAGACCUGGCAAAGUCACCAUGCCCAAGAGGUGAAAGACAAAAGUAAACUGGAGAUUGAACUGUCACUGCUGAACAGCCGUAUAGCAGAGCUGACAGAGCAGCUACAGACCACAGUGGGUAAAGGCCGAGCGGAGAGAGAGGCCCUGCUGGAUCACCUGCAUGGACUGACUACAGAGAGCACUGCUGCCAAACUGGAGAAGCAAUCCCUCAAGACUACAUCGUCUGCAGUGGAGGAGAAGCUGGCCUUGUCUCAGUCAGAGCUCCAGCAGGUCAAAGCCUCAAUCCAGCAGUAUGAAAGCCUGCUGGACAGCUAUAAGGUCCAGGUUGGAAAAACCAGGGCCGAAGCAGACGAGUACCGUGCUCAGUUGGCUCAAGCGGAGCAGGAGGCCCAUUCGGUGCGCAGAGAACUGGAGCAGGAAAUAGAGGAGGUGCGAAGGGAGCUGCGGGGGCGGCUGGCAGAGCUAGAGCCUCUUCCCGAAGCCUUACGACGUUCUGCACUCCAGCUGCAGGAGGCGCAGGACAGGGAGCACAGCCAGGAGAGACGCAGCGUGGAGCUCAGCACAACCCUGACUGAUCUCCGCAUGAAGGUCAACUGUCGGAUGCAUGUGGAGACCCAGUACAGCCAAGUGGAGCUUCUGAGACAGAAGAACAAGGUUCUGCUGGAGGAGAAUCGACGGCUUCAGCAGCGAGUGGAGAGUUUGGAAAGAAAGCUGGGUGAGGCUGCCGGCCAGAACACCGACCUUCUGGGUGUCAUUGCCAAACGGGAAGACACUAUCCACAACAAUCAGCUCCACCUGGAAGAAAAAACAAGGGAAUGUUCUCUGCUGAGCAAAAAGCUGGAGGAGGCUCUGGGGGAUGCUCACCAACAGAUGUCAGAGACCAGAGGACUUGCUGCCACCAAAGAACGCUCCACCCAGUACAAGAUACUGGACCUAGAGGCUCAACUUAGCAGGACUACCUCAGAGAUCAACCAACUGCGACGCAGCAAAGAGGAGGUUGAGAGGCGGUACCAGAGCCGACUGCAGGAUGUGAAGGAUCGUCUGGAGCAGUCAGACAGCACCAACCAAAGUCUGCAGAACUACGUCCAGUUCCUAAAAGCCUCCUACGCCAAUGUUUUUGGAGACUUGGCCCUUGACAGGUCACUGCGUGCCCCCUCACCCAUCUAACAGCCCAUCUGUCAGAGGUGUAUUGUAAGCAUUCGUUCCAAAACAGUACAGUGGUCUGAGCCAGAUACUUUUAAAUUUACUAAAAAAGAGCUGGCAGCUGUAAAUAUGUCAUGCUUGCUCAGUCUGGUUGCUUGUUUAAUCCCAUUUUGAACCAGUUCGGUGAACAGUACUGACUGCUUGUGGGGCUUUUCCAAUGAAAGACUUGUUUCUGUAAAGAGUAUUUAGUACUUAAGCGUUACACACUAUGACAGAGAGCAGUUCAUGCUGCUCACACCUCUUUCCACCAGUCACAUGUAAACUGUACUCAUAGUGCUUUCAAUUUCCAAGACAAGGCAUUUGUUAAAGAUCUUGAUGAUUGAUUGUCACUUCCAACAUCGUUCACUUUGCUCAUGCUUAUUUUACCAGAUGAUUUAAUCCACUAAAUGCAUUUUUAGCAUCUUCCAAACUACAGAAAGGAGAUGAGGGCUUCACAAUUUACCAGGUAUAAAGCAAAUUGUUACAUUGACAUGUUGAUUGGCUGGGUGAUUGAGGGUGUCUAAUGCAAACUGUGCAAGUGUAGGGAACUGUGUGCAGUUUCCAUUUCACCUCAAAAUUUGAUUCUGAAACAAAUGGACCUAAUGUCGAUAAUGCCCAUCUGGGUAUUUGCAAUGCAGGCAGGUGGUUUAAUGAAAGGAAAGCAUCAUAAAGCAUUGUGUUUACCCUGAUGAUAUGCUAGAGGUUUAAUGGUUCACACAAACUGUCCCUGUAACCUGCAGCCUUUCAUCUUACCAGCUCGCUCUUGCUGCUGCUUUUACCAUUCCUUACAGUACCAUCCCAUUGUCAUGUUUCAAACUGCUAUAUUUUCUAUGAUUUUAUCGUUUGUUGUUUGAUCCUCGAGACAAAACACCAACAUCAAAUAUUGUCAUGAUUAUUUUCAGUUGUUACAAAAGCUACAGUACUUUUGAUGGCCCCUUGGAGUUGCUCAGAUUGAAUGUUUUCUUCAAAAAUGUAGGAUUGGAUAUCAAAGUCACUUUGUAUUUUACACGCCGAAAACAAUAAGAAUUGCUCAUCUUUAUCAAGCCUUCACAGUGUCUUUCGUUUUCAUCCUCAGCUAGUCAUGAAGGUAAUAUCUCUAUACCAGAGUUAACAGACUGCGUACUGUAUUGGUACUGCUAUGUACUAAAACUAUUGAUUUGUGUGCUUUUUUACAUGUAUACAAUUCUGUAGCCAAGCCACCCAUGACACAUUAUGUGGCACAACAUGUUCUUUAAUGUAUUUGUACCCUUUGAUUGUAUGGAGCUGAAAACAUUGGUGCUAUCACUGUCCUUUGGCUGGGACAAGACAGUGUGUGUCAAAACAACUGUUGGGUUUACAGUUUCUCAAACUACAUUAUUGGAAUCAAUAAUUAUUUAUUUUCCAUGGAGUGUAUUUAAUAACUGAAUCAUUUAUAUCCACUAUGGGUAACUUAAAAGCGUCAAUAAAGCAACAAAAUGUUU